AUGUUCCUUUCUUUCGCUGCUCUCCUCUCAAUCUGUGUCGUGGUGCUGGCAUCACCUACAUCGGAGAAACGUCAAUCGAUAACGAUCCUCUCGAAUGACCAGAUUGCAAAGUUCAAACCAUACACUUUCUUUGCAGCAGCAGCUUAUUGUCAGCCUCCGACUACAUUAGCCUGGAAUUGCGGUGCAAUCUGUCAGGCCAAUCCCUCUUUCAAGCCUGUCGCGUCCGGAGGAGAUGGCAAGGCUAUCCAGUUCUGGUAUGUCGGUUACGACCCGACUCUCAAGACCGUUAUUGUUGCGCAUCAAGGAGGCUUCAAACCGCUCCAGGCGAAAAUAACAGACUUCAAGGCCGCCCAGUCAAACCUGAACCCUUCCUUGUUCCCCGGUGUCCCAUCCGCGGUCCAGGUUCACCUCGGAUUCAAGGAGGAACAAGAGAAGACCGCACUAGAAGUCCUUGCAUCGGUGAAGAAAGCGUUGUCCGAAAACUCUGCCAAUCAAGUGACGGUAGUGGGACAUUCACUUGGUGGCGCUUUGGCUACUCUUGACGGAGUCUAUCUGCGACUCCAGCUGCCGUCCAGUACAAACGUCACGGUGAUCAAUUAUGCCGCGCCUCGGGUUGGAAACCCAGACUUUGCGAACUUCGUCGAUUCUCAUGUUCCGUUCACCCGGAUUACCAAUAAGAAAGACUUCGUUCCUACCCUUCCAGGUCAAAAAUUCUUCAGUCCAAAACCUUUUGCUCAUCCGAACGGAGAACUGCACAUUAACGCGGAUAAUACGUGGGCUUCCUGUCCUGGUCAUGAUAACCCUGACAAGCAAUGUACUGUGGGAUCUGUUCCGAUUUUCGCAUUGGGUGUCCUUCACGAAGGAGUGGAUCAUCGUGGACCUUAUGAUGGUGUUCGUAUAGCAGCUGAUGGAGCAUGCAAGUCGCCUUAG